GAAGAAUUUUUGUUUACGUAGAAGGAACUGAAUUAUCGAUCUCUGCUUCGAUGGCCUGAAUUGAUUCCAUUCAAAACCGAUCUCACUUUUAUCGUUUGAGAACAUAAAUAAAUUGGCUUUAUGUUCUGUUUGACGAGUAGCCACUGAGCAGUAACAAUGAAUGUCAAUCGAAGCUUGAUGUUAUUUCUUAUGGCAUUUACCGCGUCUUUGAAUUUCCAUGCCGAAUGUUCAUCGGCGGUCAAACACCAAGAAAGAGCUCAGGGUAAGUUUCACAAUGUGUAUUGUUAGCUUUAAUCAAAACCAGAAACUUUCACUCUAUGUUACGGUAUUUAAAAACACAGAAGCAAAUUUCCCCCUUGGCUGCUUCAUACUCGAUCGAAAACGAAAAGGAAUUAGCUAGCUAUGUGCGUAUCAUAUGAUUCCGCAUGUUUAUUUGCACGCACUUUCUCUUUUUCGUUAAUCCAAAAAUGUACAGCCACAGCUAUUUUUAUUGCGGCUAGAAAAGCAAAGAGUGAAAAGUAUUUUUAUUGUGGAUACGCUGUUGAUCCAGUUGUAUUCACUGCACUUUCACUAAAAUCAAAUCGAACAUGUCUGGUUUUGAUGUCCAGCCGUGUAAUUUUGUUUGACUGAUUAGCAAUGCAGGUUCAUGCAUACCAGAGUCUCCACGCUGCAAGUUUUUCCUUCUAGGUCAGUCUGCCAGCAAGCAUUCUUUGUCUAAUCAUUUUUGAAAAUUUAGGUGGUGAAGUAAAAAUUGCAGAUUUUAACGUAAACUUUUGAAUAGUGCAAGCGGAAAUGUAGUUUAUUUUAUACGCCCUAAAAAUAUAAAUCGAGACCAAUUCGAGACAUUUACAUGUGAAGCACUCCACACAAGAGCACAGUCAUUCUGUGCAUAGUGGCUUAUAAUUUAAAGUACUUUGUACAUUAUUUUAGAAUGACUUCACACAACAUGAUUCAGAUUUUACUAUUUAUGACUUAUGCUGAAGACAAAAAAGUGUUUUCAAUCUCAAGAUAUUUUUUAUCUUUGUCUUAAACUUGUAGGCAGGUGUAUAUAAAAGCAUGAUUGCUUUAAAUCAAUAAAUAUCAACUUCAAGUUGUUUAAUUCCACAAGCAUCUGUUCAACUCUUUUUUUUACUAUUCAGCAUGGGCUUGGAUUGGAGGAAGUAAAAUUAGGAACCAACACAGCACAGUGGAUGGCCAGGAGUCUUAUCCUGGAGCAAGGGAUGGUGCAACAAGCUGGUUUCACUCAAAUUCAACAGUGUGGGUGUUUGGUGGAAAAGGGUUUGGACUAAAAAAAUCCCAACCCUCACAACUGCCUAUGCUAGAUGAACUGUGGUCAUUUGAUAUCAAAAAAAGACAAUGGCAGUUUCAUCCUUUUGACAACAAAACUUUCAAGGGUCAGAAACCUUUGCCAUGUUCGGGAUGUGUAUCUUGCAGUUACCAAAACAAGGCUUUGGUGUUUGGAUCUUCAGGUUCUUUCAUUUUUGAUAUGGGAACAAUGACAUGGACAGUCUUGCAGGACAAUAAAUCGUCCCCAGUCCCACGGAGUGAUGCUGCUCACUGGUGUGAUGCUGAGAAAGGGGUGCUAUGGAUUUUUGGUGGCACAGACUCAGGGAAAAAUCUUGAUGAUUUCUGGAGUUUUUCAUUCAAAAAUUCACAGUGGAAAGAACUGAGACCCAAGAGUAAUAAAAGCACAAUUCCUGCUAAGUGUAUCAAAGCGACAACCUGGAUGCACCCAUCUGGCAUUCUGUACAUGUUCGGUGGAUCAUGUCAUGGACGACUUACAUCGUACUUCUGGAGUUAUUCACCUGGAACAUUGGAAUGGAAAAAGUUUGGUGGAAGUGAAGGUGUCCCAAAGUGUGCUGGAAGGUUUGGGCAGAGGGGUGUUGCAUCUAAGGGAAACUAUCCGGGUUGCAGGAAUGGGGCAGCAUCCUGGAUAGAUAAGCAUGGUAAUCUGUGGAUGUUUGGUGGAUCAGGUUAUGAUAACUUUUCAGUGUCUGCUUUCGCAAUGCCAGGUCUUUUGUCUGACUUUUGGAUGUACAAUGUCUCCAGCCAUCAGUGGAUGUGGAUGGGAGGAUUAAGCAGGGAGGAAGGUAGACCAUUCUUUGGAGAAAAAGGAGUCGCAGAUGCACGUAAUAUCCCAGGGCCAAGAGAAGGUGCUGUGUCUUUCUCCUACAACCAUGAGAUGUGGCUCUUUGGAGGGGCAGGACAUGAUGACAAACAAUUUGAUGGGCUGCUUAAUGACUUGUGGAUGUAUACAACAUUCACAAACAUCACCCCAACACAAGGUACACAGUUGCCAGGAGAUACCAUUAGUAUCUCCUUUGGAGUUAGAGUUCUGAUUGCCCUCCUCGUCAUGGCGUUGGGACUAGUGGUGUCGCUAUCCAUGUGUUACAGCAAGGAAUGUAAGAUUUUCAGAUUCAAGCGACAUCUCCGUCCAGUUGUGAAAUACACACCUGUGAAGGUUGAGACAGUGCAAGUACUGCAGCCAGAGACAGCUGGUCCAAUAAACAUUGACCCAAACAGGAACCUGUAAUCAUUGUAUCUUUGCCAUCAUGCUUUCAGCUGCACGGAGUACCAUGUGUGUGUUUAGAUGUGUUGAAUAACGGGAUUGAUAUUUUCAAUCAAUAUAAAUAAGGAGUUGACACAAUUUAAAACUAGUUUCAUUAGAAUUUUUUACGCUGGAAGAUCUCAGUACAUAAUGUGUCUGUACAAGUUAAAAAAGCAAUAUGAGAUAAAGGAGUAAAGGGAGAGCUAAUCCUCUAGGUAUGUGCUUUUUCUGUUGAUCUGGAACAAAGAAAAACUUGAAUCAAGCUAGUUAACAAAUCAUUUUGAUGUGAAAUUAAUUAUAAACUUCAAAAUAGAUGCAAGAAAAAAGCUCAUAAAUGUAUCUGGAUAGAAAGUGAAAGUCAUCAGUCAGUGUAAUUACAUGUAUUGGUUAAAAAAAAGAAAGGAACAGUUACUGUUAAAUUAACACUGUCAUUGUUGUAACCUUAUAAUAGUUUGGUGAAUUAUCUUCAAGAGUGCAGAACUUUUGGGACAUGGUAUGUAGUUAUAGAGUACAUAAACUGAUAUUCUUAAUGCAGGUUAGACAAAUAAAUAUUAUUUAAAGUUUGCCGCAAUUGAUAUAAAACCAAUAUGGACCAGAAAUAAUCAAAAUGCUUGUAGGAAACCAGGUCACUCAAAGUGAUAUUCCAAAGAAAUAGUCUUAAAGACUUGUUAGAAGUUUUUGAUGUAAGAUAGUGAAUAACAUUGGGUAGGGUCAUCAUCCUUUUUCAUACAAUUUAUUAUGCACAGUUGUUGGAAGAUAACACCACUUAGAACAUCUGGUAAAUUAAGACAGCAUGAAGUUAUAAAAUGCAUGCCCAGAACAAUCUCUGGUAUUUAGAGCUGCGUUUACUUUUUGGUAUAAAUUAUUUUUGACUCAGGCUCAGGGACUUUUGUAGCACUGCAGUCAUUUUUUUCUUCAAGAACUGCUUUUUUUGGUUUUUAAAAGAAAUUUUGACCUUAACUACUGAGUUAACUGUACAUAUAUUUAUCAUAUUUAGGGAAUAAAGUUUGAUUGUUAAGAAUUCUUAUUUUAUCAUUUCCUCCAUAUUUAGUCAACUCUUAACCCUUUAACUCCCAAGAUCUUAUUAGUAAUUCUCCUUACUGUCUGCCGUAUAGUUCUUUUGGUGUUAUUUUGGUGAAUUUGGUAUUGGAUCAACCGAUAAUCCCCUAAUUGAUAUCUUUCUUAAUUCUCAUCACUUGUCUGCUUGAUGUUGGGUUGAAAUAACAAGGAGAAAUUCAGCCUUGGUCACUCUUGGGAGUUAAAGGGUUAACCCUUCAACCCCUAAGAGUGACUAGCAUAUAAUUCCCCUGGGUCACGCUUAAAGGUCUUGAGAAUAAAGGAAAAGAUCACCAACUAAAGAAGCUCUUGAUUGAUUAAUAAAUUCUCCUUGUCAUUAACAAUGAAAGGAUAGAGUACAGUUAGGAGAAUAUGCAUACUGAGUUUAGGGUGUAAAGGGUUAAUGUAUUAAACGUCAAUAAUUUUAGUGUUCACAGUAAACUUGCUAGAUGAUUUUCUCACGGAUUUUAAG